AUGGAAGCGGUGCAUGACUCUUACCUCGAAAAUUUUCGUGUCCGUCGAUGCGAGAUCUACUACUACCUUGAAGACGACUCCAUGCAAAUUGUUGAGCCCAAGCAGGAAAACUCUGGUGUACCACAGGGUAACUUCAUGAAGCGCCAUCGCGUGCCCAAGUCUGAAGAUGAUUAUUUCACAAUUAUUGACAUCGAUGUUGGCUGUUCCAUCGAACUGUACGGGCGUAUUUUUCAUGUCAACGGCUGUAACAAUUCAACCCGAACGUUCUUGCGUGAAUUCAAAGGAAAUGAACCACUCGCAAACGGACUGCCCCCGGUCGACCGCUAUGAGACAGAGAGGCGAGAUCUCAUGUCGCGCGAGACCGGUAAAGAUCCGACAGUCUCGCAUAAUAUCCAAAAAAAUCCAAUGAAAGUGUUCGCCGAGGCAGCACUCGGCAAUACUGUCGACAACUCUGGCCGUUAUGGGUUCCUCAAAUAUGGAACUUCGGUGCUCCGUUUUUACUGUUUCUGGGAUGACUCGACAUCUCUUUAUGGCGACGUGCAGAUGUUUAAGGUUCACUACUUCCUAUACGACAAUACGAUAGAAAUUUUAACUGUAGCACACCGUCGUCGAUGGAUUUACUAUGGAGCCGACUCACCUGGCCUAAUUAGGAUGAUUAAACUUAUUGAUGCAGAUAGAGCAACCAGAGAUUUCUACUACAUGGAGGGCAUCGAACUCGGGCCGCGUCUAGACCCGCCUGUUGAGGAUCAUCCAAUGGCUCUGGAACGCAUGCCUCCACCGUACUCUGGUUUUGGGAGCGAGGAAGACUCUCUUACAUCAUGCGCGGGUUCAUUGGUUCAGAAGGCUCCUGCAAAGCAACGCGGUGAAGAGGGUGUUCUUCGAUACCAAGCCGCAUUUGCCAAUCCAAAACCCGAGGAUAGAGGACGUUUGUUUGUGCUCGUUUAUUACUCCAAUGAAUUUGCUCUCAUGAUUCGUGAACCGCCUCGACGUAACUCGGGCGUCGUUGGAGGAAAUUUCCUUGCCAAAAUGAAACUCAAACACCCGGACGGCAGAUUGGUGACCGCUGCUGACCUUGUAAUCGGAGCAACCCUCACAUUAGCAUCGCAUACUUUUGUCAUUCUUGAUGCAGAUGAAGCUACUCUCAAGUACAUGGAGAAUCGCCCCGGCCAAUUCCCUUACUCAGAUCGCGAUGCCGUUGUGAAGCUCUUCAAGGGCUUUGUCAAUCGUGUUUGGCUUACGGAUCGCGAUCGUCGUGCUGCAUUUGACGCGAUUUCGACACACAAAACCAUCAGUUUUGAGGAAUUACAAUUGGUGCUAGAGACAGUUGUGCCCUUCGAUGCAAAAACAUCACCUCCUAAACAGGCCGUAAUUACCCUUUGGCGAAACUAUGCCAAGACUGGUGCCUCCAAUUGUGACAUCAUCGUUCAAGCAAAAGCCCGGGCAACUACAAUAAUUUACAGGGCAACGACAACAAUGCGCAAUAAUGGCCAAAUGCGGGGAUUCAACGCGCCUCAGGACAAAACCAACCACGGGGUCGGGGGAACCCACACGGGUCGCAACACAAAUUGUCGCCACUCUCUAUUAUCCCAACUUGGCAAGCUAACUGGGGUCCUCCCUCCCUGGCGUUAUCGGCGCCAGUAG